UCUCGGGGAAAAAAGCACAAGUCGUGACAAUGCAGCUUAAAAACAUUGUCACGACCCGGUUAUGUGUCUACAAGGGGAAGAGUUUCGUCUGAACGCAAAUUAGCUGUUAAUUACGGUGUACAAUGAGUGCAAAUGAUGAGCGAAAGCGGCGAGAAGGAGGUACAGAGAGAUAACGAAUAUCUUGAACCUGAAGCAGAAAAAACACCAAACUGGAGCAGCUACAAGCUGCUUGCUGAUCCAUUGUUGGAUAGUGAAAAGGAAAAGCUCUACCGCUAUGAUGGAAUUCAUUUCAGCGCACCUAAUCCUGGAAUUCCCACUCCAGAAAUCAGAGACCCCAGAAUUGCCCGCUUUUGGACCAAGUUCAAAGAAACAAACCUUCCAGUUCCAAAGUUCAAGAUUGACGAGCAUUACGUCGGCCCGCCGAAAGAGGUGACGUUCACCAGGCUGAAUGACAACAUCAAGGCCGGGUUCUUAACGGACAUGUGCCAAAAGUUCGGAGAGAUCCAAGAAGUGGAGGUUUUGUUCAAUCCCAAGAAUAAGAAACAUUUAGGAAUAGCCAAAGUCAUUUUUGAAACUGUCCGUGGUGCUAAUGACGCGGUGCAAAAACUUCACAGUACGUCAGUUAUGGGAAAUCGCAUUCACGUGGAGUUGGAUCCAAGAGGAGAGAAGAGGACACGAUAUUUCCAGUUGCUGGUCAGUGGACUAUAUACACCGUUCACUCUUCCUAUAGGGGAAGAUGCCUGGGGACCACAGUCACCCACCUUCAGCUCUGACUCUCACAAUGAAUAUGACCCCCUGAAACGCCUGUCUCAUGGAUCGUUGUCAUCGUCUUCUACGCUCCUUGGCUCCACCCCAUUUGAUUGUUCCACUCCUAUGUCCAUGGACACUGCCUAUUCCAGCAUGUAUCAGGACACUCCAUGCAGUUUCUGGCAGGAUACCCCACACGGCUCGCCCUUGUCCUACAGUAACCCAGGAACCCCACCUCACUGCGAAGGCCUUACAAACACAACAGAUACACUAAAUGAUACACACAUCCCAAAAAACAUCCCACAUUCAACUCCACUCAUCACUUCUGAAUCCCAACAAUCCUAUCACAAUCCACACCUGGUCCAGCUAACACCACAUAAGCCAAAUGCGAGGCCGGGUUCUUUUAAUACAAUAGUAAGUUCCUGGACCUCUAAAGGGCACAUGGUAUCAGGAGGCCAGUCCCUUAAAGCUGGAAAGGCUCCUCGAGGUGGGCACAGGGGUCGAACUUGGGGCACUAAAUACCAAAACGCAUACAACCGUAGGCCGGAGCAUCGCUACGUACACAGGCCCGGAUUUAACAAAUCUCAUUAUCGCUCAGGGUGCACAACCAAUCUGGUGCCUUUAGUUACAUUUCACGGACCUUCAGUGGCACAGCCAGAUAAGUCUCUGGCAUCUAUGAUCCAAUCUAGUAGUAGCAUGAAUAAAAUUACAAAACAAACAGACAUGGAAGCACCUACAGGAAAUAUGAAUAAGGAACCAUUUUUGCCACUAUCCCAAAGAGGCAAUUUGCAUCAAAUACAAACCUUGUGCUCACAGCCAUUGGCGAAAUCUUUGGAUGUUUCCCAAAAAACACCUCACAACAUCUUUAACUCUCCUCCUCAUGUGACUGAGGUGCAACAGCAGGACACUGCUGUGAUACAAACUCCAGAACGAUGUGCCUCACCUGAGCCAGAGAGAGGUCCCUCCACAGAGUCACUUUCUUCAGAAUCAUUGCCAAGCAGUCUGGACUCUCGUAUCAAGAUGCUCCUGGGCACUCAGAGUCCGGAUUCAAAAGAGAAAGAGGAGAAUUCCCCAAAUAUUCCUCAGGUCUUUACCAAACCUGGUCCCCCUUCUCCUCAAUCCCCUGAUGCCUCACCAACCUGGAAUUUUCCUGCAGCUUCGAGUCACUGUAGUUCCACAGAGCAAACAUCAUUAGCAUUGGGUUUUGAAGAUGUGAGUCCUUUCCCACUCCCAGACUCAGCAGAGGAAGGAGAGGAACCUCAUGCAAAUAACGAGCAACUGUCCAAAAUACCUGUUAUUUCAACUUUCUCUUCGAUGACACGCCCAGCUCAGCAGUCUCCUCAGCCAACAGCUAUGGAUAUGUUGUCCCUAAUUGACAAAGAGACUUCAGAGCAGCCCAUUGUACCUGGGAUCUGCUCUUCACCUGCUCCUUCUGUGUUCCCGAUGCCUCCUCCUCCUGUUCUCCUGCCUCCACCAGGCUUUCUUACAAUACCACCCCCGGUUCUUCCUCCUAUGUGUGCACCUUUACCUUCUUUACUGCCCCCAGGUCCAGUUCGGAUCACUUCCUCUCCUCCUCCUUCUAACCUCUCUGUACCUGCAUCACCUUUCUGCCUGCAGCCAAAGCUCCCUGUUGGGCAGGUGAACAGGCCCUCAAGGUGGACCAACCCUUCUGGUCCUUCUCCAUCUAUACCUCUACCUAUCCCGACCAGAAUAACCCAGGGGAAAUCCCACACUGUUUUUCCACCACCUUUCCCACCUCCUUUUGCCAGUCUUCCUCCUUCUUUUCCAGGUGUGGAUGGAAUCAGACAUGCACCAGGUCGAACUUUUAAUAUAGCAGCUGCCCCUGGCUACAGAGCUCCGUGGCCACCCGUGCUCCUACCCAUGUUUGACCCCUCGGUGCCGCCACCGGGCUACUUACCUGCAAGUGAGUCAUUCCACAAGGCCACGGUGGAUGGAGUGAUGGCCGUUGUAGCUGCAGAACUGAGGGUCAUAGUUAGAAAGGACAUUCAUCGAAGGAUGGUUGAAGGUGUUGCCUUUACAGCAUUUGAUCAGUGGUGGGAUGAGAUGGAACACUUGGCGAAGGUAUCGAUGGUUCCUGUGAAAUCUGGAGAAAGUAAAGAGAAAGAGCCUGUGAAGCUUAAAGUUUUGGAGCCAUGGAAGACUGCAGAGAGUUUGGGGUCAGAGGGCAUGAUACAAGGCCCAGGACUGGGUUUGGGCCUCCGCUCCACACUCAAACUGCCAUCAUUUAAGGUAAAACGAAAAGAUCCGUGUGGGGAGGAUGUUAUGGAGUCUAAAAUGUCCUGUCCCUCCUCUUCUCCAUGUCACACACUUUCAGAGGAAGCAGAGACGGGGCAUGACACAAACAUGCAGAACGAAAAAGUGGACGAGCCUCAGAAGGAAUGGGUGGUCCCUGUGGUGAAACGGCGCCAUGCCAGACCUCUGGAGCUGGACAGUGAUGAGGAGGAACCGGAGGAGGAAGACGAGGAGAAUUCUGGGAAUGUGGAGGAGUUGGGUUCUGAAAAGAGGAGAGCAAUAAGAUUUCAGAUCAUGAUCAGGAGGAUAAUGAGGGAGAAGAAGAAGAAGAAGAAGAAGAAGAAGAAGAAGAAGACGGUGACAAAAAAGAGGGGAGAGAUAAUCAGCAUAACCUCAUCCAUAUCCUCUUCCAUCAUGGAUUCUGAUUCCACAAUCUCCUCCAGAUCUGAUUUGAGCUCCUCUUAUGAGAGUCAUGACUCCUCUGACUGUGAGGAGUCUGAGGAAGAAAAUGAGGAUGGAGGAGAAAGUCCACCAUCAAAAGCUCCUGAAGAAGAGAGAGCAGUGGAGGAGAUUUGGAUAUCAUCAGAUGACGAUGCUGAAGAAUAUACAUCUCACAUAUCUGUUCGCUCUUCUGUGGACUCCUGGGAGGACGAGCUCGCCCCGCCUCGGACUCCGUCUGCUCCACUGUCUAAUGAUGGCGACCCGGACGACACAUUGCUAGGCACUGAUCCACCAGAGGAGCUCCGAGUGCGAGUGUUUCUGCACAGCUAUGGCUGCCAGGACCCAGUCACACAGCACUUAUCCAACAAGCUCGAGCUGUCGGACCCGGCUUUGGUUUCUUCAGCAGAUGAGCCAGAGCUGCAGUGCCCCCCAUCUCCAGUAUAUAGAGAGCUCUCCUCUGAUGAGGCAAUGGAGACAGAACUGGAGGAUCCGGGUUACAUAAAUGAAUUACUGGAGGAUUUUGGGAACGUCAGACCCCCCACCCCAACAGGUUCCCUUUCGGAAAGUGAGACGGAGCUUGAGCUUAGGCACAGGUCAUUGCCCCCUGUUGCAGACGAGGUGGAACCGCCCUGUACUCCUGGAGGAGGUUUUGAAACAGAAACUCCUGUUCUAUGGCCAGCUCCUACUACUCCGAUUCUCCCUCCUCCACCCUCACCCACAGGCUUCCAUCUUUUUCCCUCUCCUCCACUGUACUUGUCUCCUCCCAUCCCAUCUUCUUAUCCUGCCUAUGAGGAAACCCCUAAAACUCCAGGCAGGAAUAACAGAGAGGAGCAGAUACAUCAUACAGCAGUGAAUACACGAGAUGCAAUGCUCAGGAUGGCGAUACACAGAUCGUUCUCUCCUUGCUUUCUUUCAGUAUCCCCUCACACAGGAAACGGUGUUCCCAGAACUCCGGGACGAGACACAGAUCCAUCCUCACCUCUUUCCGAUGACAGCGAGGCUAAUUUUCAGCAAAGGGAGCAUUGGCGAGGUCAGCGUCCAAACUACUCGCCUCAAAUCCACGUCCACAGCACCAGCUCCUCUCCUUACUCCUCCGAUUCCUCCAGUUCAGAGAGUCGAGAUCUGGGCUGCACUACCAAUCGUUUGGGACGUUUCAGUGUUGCGCAUCUCAGAAAGCGAAGAGAACGGAUGCAGCGAAAAAGGAGGAUGAUCCUCUCACAGAGAAACAGACGAAACAAGGAGGAAUUUACACACACCCCAGUGCAAAGUUCAUUCCCUAAAUCAUCAUCUGAUGCGGCUCCAGGUUUAAGCAUGGAACAUUCGACAGCUCAGGCCAAAAAGCCACUGCAGGGACUUGAGAACCGGUUAGAAAACAGGCUUUAUCCAGGACCAAUUGAGAACCAGAGACUUUCUAAAUCACAGUACCCAUGGAGAAAAAGAAAAUUAUGGCUUUACACUUCAAAGUUCACCCCUCGGUCAAAACGGAGAGAAAGGCUGCUGAUCGAUGCGGUCUGGACUAGAGGAGUGAACAUGGAGGAGAUCGGCCACUUGAAAGCCUCGUACGAGAGGAUGCUGCUACAAAACAACACCUCUGAGUGGCUCAGAAGCACACACUGGGUUUCUCAUCCUCCUAGCAGUGUUCCUUUGGAAUGGCCACCGAAAUUGCCAGUCGGCGUUCGAUAUCACACGUCCGGGUCGGCACGUACAGAGGGAUUUUACGUCAUCAGCAAGAAGGACAAACUGCGCUACCUACGACACACACACACUGUCUCGGGAUUACUGACUACGGACACUCAGUAUAAGAACGCUUCAUCUCAGCUUCCCUCAUCGACCCGUUCUGGAUCAGAUUUUCGAGCUGAACAGCGACGCCUGCUCUCCUCCUUCAGCUGUGACAGUGACCUGCUCAAGUUUAACCAACUGAAGUUCCGUAAGAAGAGGCUGCGCUUCAGCAGGAGUCACAUCCAUGACUGGGGAUUGUUUGCUGAGGAACCGAUAGCUGCUGAUGAGAUGGUGAUCGAAUAUGUCGGACAGAGCAUACGGCAGGUGAUAGCAGACAUGCGUGAAAGACGCUACGAGCAGGAAGGCAUCGGCAGCAGCUACCUGUUCCGGGUCGACCAGGACACCAUCAUCGACGCUACCAAGUGCGGGAACCUGGCCCGGUUCAUCAACCACAGCUGUAAUCCAAACUGCUACGCCAAAGUCAUCACUGUCGAAGCCAAAAAGAAAAUCGUCAUCUAUUCUCGCCAGAUGAUUAGCGUCAACGAAGAGAUCACGUACGAUUAUAAAUUCCCCAUCGAGGACGAGAAGAUCCCCUGCCUGUGUGGAGCUGAGAACUGCAGAGGAACCCUCAACUAGACAGUGAGCGAUCGGGAUACGGCGCCAUUCUUUUAUAAACAUCUAGAGAUGCUGUUUUAAUCCCCACAUGUGACAUCAGUAACAGUUAUCAGUUACAGUUCACAAGAGACUUGCAAUCAUGUGGGUACUUCUUUUAUGUAAAUUACUUUAAUAAUUAAUGAAACAGGGCGAGUCACUGCUUCAGAGAUACACAGCCUAACAAUGGCUAUGGUUUAAUUAGAAAAUGUAACCAGGGUUCGAUCCAGAGGUCGUGUGAACGCAGAUCAAUGUACAGCGCUGUACAGUCAACUUACAUUAACAUUGGAAUUCGGGAACAUCACACAUCAGUCUGUGUGGUAUUACGAUUCAGUGUGCAGGACAAAUAAAGUAUAUUUUCUUGCAGGAACUGAGUUCAUCAAAGAACAUUUAUCAUCUCAAUUUGUCACUUUAUCCAAAGCACCAGGUGCAUGCAGACCAGUGGCAGGACGUCA